GGAGGCGGGACGGUGAAAGUGUUCAGUCAGUAAAGACUCUGUUUUAAAUUGACAGCAGCAGAGAACUGAAGAGUGAAGCGGGACUUCAGAUCAGAACAUGGACGUGUGUUUAGAGGACGAGGAGGACGGAGCAGAGUCUCUUGUACCCAGCUGUCUGUCUCUGAAGAGUGAUCGGUCCAAAGGUGAAAAUCCAAACUUCAGUAAAGAACCUGGACCCUCAGACACAAAGGGGACGAAGAGGACUCAUGUUAUAGAGGAGCAGCCGUCCUGUCCUGUGUGUCAGGACGUCCUGAAGGAUCCCGUCUCUACCAGCUGUGGACACUGGUUCUGCAGACAGUGCAUCACCUCAUACUGGGACCAGUCCGGUUCACCAGGAGACUCGUCCUGUCCUCAGUGUGGAAAAAGAUCCAGAACAGGACCUGGACUGCAGACAGUCAGUCAGAGCAGCACUGAACGAAUAGAUAGAGGUCUGCAGGAGGUUUUAGAUGAACAUAAGGUCAGCCUGAAGACGAGAUGUGAACGUGUGACUGAAGGAAGUGAUGAUACAGGAAGUAGAACCCUCCUCAACAGGAUCUACACUGAGCUCUACAUCACAGAGGGACAGAGUGAAGAGGUGAACACCCAACAUGAGGUGAGACAGCUUGAGACAGACUUUAAAAAGAAGACCCUCCAUGAGACUACAAUCAAGUGCCAGGACAUCUUUAAAGCCUUACCCGACCAACAGAACCCCAUCAGAGUGGUUCUGACAAACGGCGUCGCUGGUGUUGGAAAAACCUUCUCAGUGCAGAAGUUCACUCUGGACUGGGCAGAGGGCUCAGAGAACCAAGACCUCAGUCUGGUGAUCCUGCUUUCAUUCAGGGAGCUGAACUUGAUCAGAGAUGAGGAGUACAGUCUUCUUGAGCUGCUCCGUGUUUUCCAUCCAACAUUACAGAAGGUCACAGCAGAGACGCUCGCUGUCUGUAAACUGUUGUUCAUCUUUGACGGCCUGGAUGAAAGCAGACUGUCAUUGGACUUCAAAAACAGGGAGGUUGUUUCUGAUGUCACAAAGAAAUCAUCGUUAAACACACUGUUCACAAACCUCAUCAAGGGGAAUCUGCUCCCCUCAGCUCUCAUCUGGAUAACUUCUCGACCUGCAGCAGCCAAUCAGAUCCCUCCUUCAUGUGUUGACAGGGUAACAGAAGUACGAGGCUUCACUGACGCCCAGAAGGAGGAGUACUUCAGGAGGAGGUUCAGUGAUGAUGAAGAUCUGUCCAGCAGAAUCAUCUCACACAUCAAGACAUGCAGGAGCCUCCACAUCAUGUGUCUGAUCCCGGUCUUCUGCUGGAUCACUGCCACAGUUCUGGAGCACAUGAUGAGCACAGAGCAGAGAGGAGAGCUGCCCAAGACCCUGACUGACAUGUACUCACACUUCCUGCUGGUUCAGACAAAGAGGAAGAAGAACAAGUAUGAUGAGGGACGUGAGACAAGUCUACAUGAGCUGAUGGAGGCUGACAGGGAAGUUCUUCUGAAGCUGGGGAGGCUGGCUUUUGAACAUCUGGAGGAAGGAAACAUCAUGUUCUACCAAGAAGACCUGGAGCGGUGUGGCCUGGAUAUCACAGAGGCCUUGGUGUACUCAGGAGUUUGUACAGAGAUCUUCAAAACAGAAUGUGUGAUCUUCCAGAAAACAGUCUACUGCUUUGUUCAUCUGAGCGUUCAGGAGUUUCUGGCUGGAGUCUACAUGUUCCACUGUUUCACCAACAGGGACACAACAGUACUGGAGGAUUUUCUGGGGAAAAAAUAUGUAGAUUCAACUCUUGAUGUUCUCCUAAAUGAAGCAAUGGAGAAAUCCACGAGGAGUAAAAAUGGUCACCUGGACCUGUUUGUUCGCUUCCUUCAUGGACUCUUAGGAGGCCUACUGGGUCAGACAGACAACAGUCCAGAAAUUAUCCAGAGAGUCAUCAACAACCUGAAGGAGAUGAACAGUGAUGAUAUCUCUCCAGAAAGAAGCAUCAACAUCUUCCACUGUCUGACGGAGAUGAACGACCUCUCAGUACAUCAGGAGAUCCAAGAGUUCCUGAAGUCAGAGAACAGAUCAGAGAAGAAACUCUCUGUGAUCCACUGCUCUGCUCUGGCCUACAUGCUGCAGAUGUCAGAGGAGGUUCUGGAUGAGUUGGAUCUGGAGAAGUACAAGACAUCAGACCAGGGACGAUUGAGACUGAUUCCAGCUGUGAGGAACUGCAGGAAGGCAAAACUUUGUUACUGUGGACUCUCAGAGACUCACUGUGACGUCGUGGCCUCAGCUCUGAAGUCCAACCCCUCCCUUCUCAGAGAGCUGGAUCUGAGCUACAACAACAAGCUACAGGAUUCAGGAGUGAAGCUGUGUGAGGGACUGCAGAGUCCAAACUGCAGACUGGAGACUCUGAGAUUGAGGGACUGCAGUUUGUCAGAGAUCAGCUGUUCUUCUCUGGUCUCAGCUCUGAAGUCCAACCCCUCCCAUCUCAGACAGCUGGACCUGAGCUACAACAACAAGCUGCAGGAUUCAGGAGUGAAGCUGCUGUGUGAUUAUCUGCAGAGUCCAAACUGCAGACUGGAGACUCUGAGUUUGUUCAGCUGCAGUUUGUCAGAGAUCAGCUGUUCUUCUCUGGCCUCAGCUCUGAAGUCCAACCCCUUCCAUCUCAGAGAGCUGGACCUGGGUGACAACAAGCUGCAGGAUUCAGGAGUGAAGCUGCUGUGUGAUUAUCUGCAGAGUACAAACUGCAGACUGGAGACUCUGAGAUUGAUUCGCUGCAGGUUGUCAGAGAUCAGCUGUUCUUCUCUGGCCUCAGCUCUGAAGUCCAACCCCUCCCAUCUCAGAGAGCUGGACCUGAGCAGAAACGUGAAGCUGCAGGAUUUAGGAGUGAAGCUGCUGUGUGAUUAUCUGCAGAGUCCAAACUGCAGACUGGAGACUCUGAGAUUGAUGAACUGCAGUUUGUCAGAGAUCAGCUGUUCUUCUCUGGCCUCAGCUCUGAAGUCCAACCCCUCCCAUCUCAAACAGCUGGACCUGACCUCGAACGUGCUGCAGGAUUCAGAUGUGAAGCUGCUGAAAGAUCUUGAGAAAAAUCCAAACUAUCGACUGGCGACUCUGAGCUGGUGAUGAUCUCUGACAGAAUGUGAGCCAUCAGGACGCUGGUGGUGCAGAGAGGAGCAGCUGUGUCCUGAUGAGCCACAGAGGAUGGACCUCCACCAUCUUGUGGGUGGAGAAGCUCUGAAAGCUGAGGAGAGCUUCAUCCAUCAGGGACUGACAGAGGAAUCACAUCAGAGCUCAUUUCAGUUGUAUUUCUAAUGAAUUUGUUCUCCACACAUUACAGGAGUGGAAGGUCAAACAUGAAACAGCUAGUAGAAAUGUUAAGGGAUCAAACUCUACCAAGAAAUGCUGCAGUUAUUCUUCUCAUGUGAUGAUUAUUUUGAUUCUAUUUCUUACAAAAAGUACAAACCAGAACUUGAUCAUAUGUAACAUGUAUUAGAGUAAUAUCCUCUUUAAAACAUGCACUGCACUCCUAAAAUUUCCUGACCUCAUCAAGCUGAGCUGCAUGUGUGAACAGCAAGUGUCCUUUCACACUAAUUAUCAAAUCACUACGCGUUGGCUCCAGAAUUUGUGUUUGACUCUAAUGGUUAAAAAAACGGUGUUUAUACAUUUCUCUUCUGGUCGACAUCGCAUCAACUGCAUGAGAUGUUAAGAUCAAUGGUCGCUCAAUGAGUCAGGUUUCUGAGGUCACAUAUGGAGGUCUACUGCUGGAUUCUUGUCUGACAUUCCAGUUAUAGUCUGAGGAAUAAUCCCGGUUUCACCAUUAUCACCAUUAUUUUGCAUGAAUUUCACAUUACAAACAUUUGUAAAAUCACACUAAACAGUAAAUAGACUUGAGCUUCUUUAUUUAUUUUCUAGUCUUCUGACUACUAAAAGCACUUUUACACAUUCAUAUGCCGCCAACGAAGCAGCGGAAGCAACUUGGAUUUAAGUGUCUUUCCCAAGGACACAUCGGACAUGUGGCUGCAGGAGCUGGGGAUCAAACACUCGACCUUCCUGUUGAGAGACGACCGACUCUACCACUGAGCCACAGCCAUCUCUCCCUUCUGAAUCUGAAGCUUUGUGAAAAAUAUAUCUAGUUGGCUUUUUUCACUUAAACUGUUGCUGCCUUUUGAAGCAUAAAUGAUAAUUGAACAGUGAUAAUAAAACAUAAUGAACUUCAGAACACAGA